AUGCUGCCAAGUACGAUAAACAAAGAAAAAGGGCACUCAUACCUUUAUGAAACCAUUUCCACAAUCUCUAAUUCGGCAAUCGCACCUAGUCUUUCUCCAACCACAAACAAACCCAAAAUGGUUGAACUGCGAAAGCGCAAAACGACAGCAGCACCUCCAGAGCAGUCAGCGAAGCGGACCAAAACCAAGGUGCCCGCCACAACAUUAAAGCCAUCUGGAAACACAACCGCCUUAACUUGUGAAAGUAUACUGAGGGUUGGCGACGUGGUGAACUUGAAUGGCUUUGGUGGUGAUUUUGAGACAAAUGAUGGCAGAAAGACUACCCUUAAGAUCCUUGUUGACGAAAGCAAAGCUGGCGUUGUGCUGUUUACAUACCCCAAGGCCUCGACCCCCGGCUGUACAAAACAAGCUUGCCUAUUUCGUGAUGGGUUUGAUAAGUUAACCUCAACCGGGCUGGCCAUCUACGGCCUAUCGGCAGAUUCGCCAAAAGCCAACACUAACUUCAAAUCAAGGCAAAAUCUGCCAUACUCCCUACUCUGCGACACAGCGUCAACUUUGAUUAGCGCCAUUGGGUUCAAGAAGUCGCCUCGUGGAACCAUCAGGGGUGUUUGCGUUAUAGAUAAAGCAGGCAAAAUCCUUCUUCUCCAGCCAGGUGGUCCAGACGCUACUGUGGAGGCCGUGCAGCAAUUGGUUCUCUCGAUGCCAAAAGAGGUCCAGGGCAGCAUAGCCGAGACCUGA